AAGGUUCAUUUAUUAACAAUCGAAUGAGUUUUAACAACUUGAAUUCUUCUCUAAGAACCGAUAAAUCAUUUCGUGACAAGUCUGACGAAGACUAUCAUAAAGGUAAUAGUCCAUUAGAACAAUUUGAAAUUGACAUUACAUCUACGGUUGUGCUUGACUACAUGCAUUGCGUAUGUCUGGGAGUAAUGAAAAGAAUCCUUAUUUUCUGGUUGAAAGGACCUAAGCAUGUUAGAUUUUAUAAUCCUGAUAUUAAUACUAUUUCAACAGAACUAUUAAAUUUACACAGUAUGUUUCCUUCAGAAUUUUGUAGAUUACCUAGAUCAUUAGAAGAAAUUGAAUUUUGGAAAGCAACAGAAUUCAGAUCAUUUCUUCUAUACACUGGGCCAAUAGUGUUAAGAGGAAGACUAAAAAAAAAGUUUUACACUCAUUAUCUACAUUUUCAUACUGCAAUCCGCCUUCUUAUUUCCAGUGAAACUUGUUUUAUUUACAAUGAUUUGGCCAAUACGUUAUUACGAACAUUUGUCGAUGAUUAUUCUAAUUUGUACGGUAGGGAAUAUAUUAGUUAUAACGUCCAUAAUCUAAUUCAUCUAUCCAAUUUUGUAAAAAAUCACGGGCCUCUUGAUUCAUUUAGUUCAUUUAAAUUUGAAAAUUAUCUACAAUUCGUUAAAAAAAGUUUAAAAAACUCUAAGUAUCCGUUACAAGAUAUAUAUAAUCGCGUAAUAGAACACAGAUAUGUUCAAAUAAAUGUGAUAAAAAAAAAUACAUAUCCCAUUUUUAAAAAAGAAAUAUUAAACUAUGAUGAUUUUUAUAAGUAUAACCCAUUUAUAACAUAUUAUGAAUCUAUGAUUACAGAACAAUUUAUAAUAAGUUCGACCAAAUCAAAAGACAAAUACUUUAUUUUAUACGACAAAAGUAUAGUUUUUGUGCAACAGAUUAAAAAACAUUUAAGUGGUGAAGUUAUAUUAGAAGUAUGUAAAUUUAAUAGAUCUUUUCAAAUGUCAAAUAACCCAAUUUGUUCAACUACUGUUGGCUGUUUUUAUGUAAUUACUGAUAACAUUUCUAUUCAAUUUGAGAUUAAAUUAGAUCAAAUAAAAUUUAAAUGUUUUUUUAUUCCAACUUCUGAUUCCAAAGCUGUGGUUAUAAGUUUGUUACACACAUGUACCAAAUAAUUAAUAAAUUACUUUAUUUUAUAAUAAUAUAUUAAAUAUUUAAAUAAAAUUUAAUUAUAUUUUAUCUGUGGUGUAUAAUAAUUUUUAUAUUUGUAUACAAUACCCAUUACCCAU